AUGUACAUGUCUCGAAGCAAGAGAAGGGGUUUGGCAGAAAAAGUUGAUUACAGGGAGGAAGAUUGGAGCAUUUCGCAGUAUUUCACCGGGCGCACCAAAAGCAUUUGCACCACCGAGGGGCAGACAGUGAAAGGCAAGAUGGUGAAUCUUUCUAAUGUUGGUUCGCAACAAUACAACAGAACAGAAGCAUAUAGCAAAGCAAACCCCAUUUUCUGCAAAGUCGUGAUUAUAAUGAUUUUUGUACAAUUUACAGAAUAUUUAAUAUAUGGAAUCGAAUUAUUUGGGUUGCUUCCAAAUAUGUUUCAAGAUUUCAUUUAUUACGAAUUUACGAUUGAAUCUUUUACCAAAAAACAAAAGAAAAGAAUUUACGAUUGA